ACCGUUUCAUGUCAAUAGAGUCGCCUUGCAUGUAAACAAAUUCUGUGCGAUAAAACUAGUUGUUUAAGUUGUUUGUCAAAUCCUAGGAUACCAUAUAGACUACCUAAAAUGUCUGCAGUACUUUCCUUAGAAAAUCCCUUGUUGAAAACCUAUUUUUACUAUGUUUCGGUGUUGGGAUUGAAAAUGCUGUUGAUGUCGGCAAUGACCGGCUUCCAAAGAUUUAAAACGAAGUCAUUCGCCAAUCCUGAAGAUGCUGAGCCUAUGAAACUAAAAGUGAGGGUCAAUGAUGCUGUGGAGAGAGUGAGAAGGGCCCACUUAAACGAUUUGGAAAAUAUCACCGUAUUCUUUAUCAUCAGUUUCGCUUACAUCAUGACUGAUCCAUCUGUAUUUAUCACCACAAUGUUGUUCAGAGUUUACACAAUUGCUAGAUUUAUUCACACCUUCGUCUAUGCAAUCGUGGUUUGCCCACAACCCUCAAGGGCCUUGUCUUGGGGCGUCGGCUAUGGUAUUACCAUCUAUAUGGGUAUCGCGACUGUGCUGAGUCUGUGCAAGCACAUGUAAAUGGUUAUUUAUGGGUGUUUCUAAUUAAUUCUGUCAGUAGUGUACUAAGCGG